ACAACGAACGGGGGAUUAUUCAACCUAUUUCUUAAUGCAAAUGAAAUCAUGAAACAAAACCUGACGAAAUAUCCUUUGCCACUGUAACAGUGGUUGACUAUCUUUAAAUAUGGCAACUUGUUACUGGCUGUCAACACUGCUACUGUACUUUAUGGGGAUUUUCCAAUUCUAAUUCUCCGAAAUACUCAAAAUAAACAACAAAUAUCAAAACACUGGCUGCAUUCAUUGGGGUCUAUGGUCUUAUCCAUAAAGUUAUUGACAUAAUGUUGUGCAGUUUAUUUGGAGAUGACGAGGAGGGCUAUGUCACCUGUAGUGAAUCAGACGCUUUUCUUGGAAAAAGAAAUGGGAAUCCACUUUCAGUUUCACCCCCUCGACCUAGACUAGAUUGCAAUAUGGCUGGUAUAGAAAAUCAGGGUGCGACAUGUUAUCUAAAUUCCUUGCUACAGACUCUUCUGUAUACUCCAGAAUUUAGGGAAGCAUUGUUUCAAAUUCCUAAAGAAGAGUUAGGAAGUUUAGAAGAUAGAGAUAAGCCAGGUUCCAAGGUUCGAGUGAUACCACUCCAGUUACAGAGGUUAUUUACGAGGUUAUUGUUAGCAGAUAAACAGAGUGUUUCAACCCGAGAAUUAACUGAUAGUUUCGGCUGGAAUGGGAAUGAGCAACAUCAACAGCAUGAUGUACAAGAAUUAAGUAGAAUAUUGUUUAGCGCCAUCAGUGAUUCUCUAGCAGGAACUUCUGGUCAGAAUUUGAUCACAAAUUUAUACCAUGGUAUUAUUGACAAUCAGAUCACAUGUUCAGAAUGUGGUACUUGCAGUGGAAGAGAGGAAGAUUUUUUAGAUCUAGCAUUAACUAUCAGUGGUUAUGAUGGAUUAGAAUCAACUUUAUCUAGAUAUUACCAAGAAACGGAAUCACUGGAUGGUGGAAAUCAGUAUCAAUGUGGAAAAUGUCAGAAACUCGUUGAUGCCAAAAAGGGUGCAAGAUUAAAGAAACUUCCUCCUAUACUGACAGUAUCAUUGUUAAGAUUUAGUUAUGAUUUUUAUAAAAUGGAAAGAUAUAAAGAAGUUGGUGAAUUUGCCUUCCCGUUAGAAUUAGAUAUGGCACCAUAUAUGGAUAAGGUUGGUAUUAACCGUGAUGAUGAGGUAUAUGAAUUAUUCUCAGUAGUAAUACAUCAGGGUAGUGCCCAUGGAGGUCAUUAUCAUGCCUAUAUUAGAGAUAUUGAUAAUCUAGGAACCUGGUGUAGUCCAGAAAAAAUACAUCUGGAACCGAGUAAAGAAAAUCAACAGGCAGCAGUCCAAAAAUUAGAUACACCCUUUGAAUUACUGGAGGCUAUUUUACUGGAUCAUGAAAAUAAAGCAAUAUCUGCAGAUAAGCUGAGCAUGGCAAUUAUCUCACAGACUGGAAAAUCAUGGAAGAAAAUUUUUGGAAAAUAUGGUCAGUUAACGAAGUUCAUCAAGAAACAUGAUGAUGUGUUUAUUUUUAACGAAUCAAAAAGCACGAUACAAUUAAAGAAGGGUUAUUCUAUAUCCAACAAGAUUUCUGAUAGGCCAAUAGAAACCAGUCAACCUUCAGCCUCUAAAGAUCUUCCUAAUGACAGCCCACCCACAAAUGGCCUGCCGAAGCCAGGAAACUGUUGGUAUGAUUACAAUGAUUCUAGAGUAUCACCAAUAACAGUCAAAUCUUUAGAAUCACAGUUCAAAGGAAAAGAAAGUGCCUACAUGCUGUUUUAUAGAAGAAAGAAUUUAAAACGUCCUGAGGAAGGUUUGUUGAUGUUUUUCUGA